CCGGCAGUUAACGCAGUGGCCUCGAAGCUGUAACAACAUCUCGCGUCCGCUCGAUCCGCUCGAUCCGCUCCGCUCCGUCACGAGAAAAGCGAGAAGCGCUCAGAGUAUCUGCAGUGAAACGUGUUAUCGUGAUAAGGUUCUACGAGUAUUCCAUGCCAUAAGGUGUCGCACAUUAUAUUAUUGAAAUCGAAACGCAACAUUCGCCGUCGGCUAAGAAAGUGAACUGUUAUCGAAUGUGCUAAUCAAAAACAAAAAAAAUGUUGCAAGCGCCUGCAAAUUGAUUUCUAUCUCGGAUAUGCGAAUUUACACUGGUUAUUAAUAGAUCUGGUUUAAGAAUACGAUUAUAUAAGCAUCCUAUGCAGACGGCGGCUUCCGUGGGACGCUUGACAAACUGAUCAAGUCGUCGUCUUUAUCAUCUAUAUCUCCUCAUACUGGCUGCGAUCGGGCUCGAUAUCGAUUCCCAGGCUAAAGCUGGCGACAGAUUUUCGAGCAAGAUACUUGGAUUAACAACCGCCAAAAUUGUGGAGGCAAUUAAAAUGAAGACUGAGCUGCGUUCCUGCGCAGCGUGCGGGGAACCCAUCUCGGAUCGGUUCUUCCUGGAGGUCGGCGGCUGCUCCUGGCACGCCCACUGCCUCCGCUGCUGCAUGUGCAUGUGCCCCCUGGAUCGCCAGCAGUCCUGCUUCAUCCGGGAGAGGCAGGUGUACUGCAAGGCCGACUACAGCAAAAAUUUCGGCGCCAAGUGCUCCAAGUGCUGUCGCGGCAUCUCCGCCUCGGAUUGGGUGCGUCGGGCACGGGAGCUGGUCUUCCAUCUAGCCUGCUUUGCCUGCGACCAGUGUGGACGCCAGUUGUCCACCGGCGAGCAGUUCGCCCUCAUGGAUGACCGGGUGCUCUGCAAGGCUCAUUAUCUGGAGACGGUCGAGGGUGGCACCACAUCGAGCGACGAGGGCUGUGAUGGCGAUGGUUAUCACAAGAGCAAGACGAAACGGGUGCGCACCACCUUCACCGAGGAGCAGUUGCAAGUGCUGCAGGCCAACUUCCAGAUUGACAGUAAUCCGGAUGGCCAGGAUCUGGAGCGGAUCGCCUCGGUGACCGGUCUCAGCAAGCGUGUGACGCAAGUAUGGUUCCAGAACUCGCGGGCGCGUCAGAAAAAACACAUACAUGCUGGUAAGAAUAAAAUACGCGAACCGGAAGGAAGCUCAUUUGCGCGUCAUAUUAACCUGCAGUUAACGUAUUCAUUUCAGAAUAACGCACAGAACCCAAUGCAUUUGAAUGGCUCUAAAGCGGGUCUAUACCCGACUCAUGAAUCCUCUAUGGAUGAAUUGUCGCAGGACUCCAGUGUACACUGUAUGCCCAGCGAGGUGUGACUGGAGCAAUCCUCGCCAGCUCGAGCACAUCGCUAGAUGGCUGGACACCCACAAAACGUCCUUUCCUAGUCAAAAUUUAUGUAAUGCGUCUACACGAAAGCAGUUUCGAUUCGAUCCGGAGAAAAAUUGAAAAAUAAUGAAUCCUUCAACAUCAUACAAAGCAGUCCCGGUUUUUAGGCUUUGAGCAACCCGAACGAACCACCCAACGUCAACACAGUGAAAUCUCAUCAUAAAAGACACAGCAAACAAACAAACAAACAAACAUUCCUGCAUUGUAGUCUAAGAAACUGCAGCUUAGUUAAUUUAAUUUAAAUGAAAUUUAAAUUUAAUUUAGUUUAAUGUUCAGUAACCGAUAAGUGUUUCCCACAUCAUUCAACUCGAAGAUUGAUAACUGCUUGCCAAGGCUCCUGUAAUAUAUUUAUGCGUAUGCCUAACCAAUCAUUGUCGUAUAUUUACCAUGAGAAACGUUGUUAUUGUUUAUUUUCUUGUUUUCUAAAUGUAUAAAAAUUGAUUUAAAUAUAUAAAUAUAUAUAUAUAAACUUAGUUCUAUAGUCGUACCCUAAAUAUAACUCGCCAGGCAAUUUGUAUAUAGUAAUGAUAGCCGAAAUUGAUAAGCAACGCAGAAAACACAGCUAAAAACUAACAUUUAGUUAACAAAAAUUAUAAAAUACAAUUAAAGAUGAACCGAAAUCAAUUAAAAAAGAAAAGCAAAUUAAAGAGAAAACAACUUUUUCAAAAAC